GGGCGUGUUUAGUGUGUGCGAGACAGAGAGCGUGUAUGUGUGUGUGCCCUGUCGGGCUCCUCUCUCCUCCUGCACGGCUCAGCUCAGCUCGGCUCAGCUCGGCCGGGAGGAACGGCGCACACAGGCGCGCGCACACGGACGCUGAUCCGCACACAAACCGAACCGCCCGCGCGCGGAUCCGCUGGAUUUACCGGCUGCAGGGAGGAGGCUGAGAGAGCACCGGGAGCCGUCCGAGCACCGGGAGGGACCCCGCCCGGACAGCCGCAGCUGUCAGCCAGAGAUGCCAGCUGGAGAGAUGAGCUGUCUGAGGAUGAAGGAAUGAGAAGGAAGGAAGACAAAAAGGAGAGGAACCUCAGCCAGAGGAGACGAGAAGGAGAGAGGAGGAUGUUGGGAGUUUUGUGAAAGAGGACAGGCGAAGAAAAGGUUCAGUUUUUUUACUUGGAAAAGUCCAAGAAAAGACAGACAGACUGUCAGUGACAGAAGCUGAACAAGUGAAGGAGGAAACAUCUGGAUGGUCUCCAGUGUUGCGGCCUUCAAAGAUGGCCUCCAACUUCAAUGACAUCGUCAAGCAGGGCUACGUACGCAUGCGCAGCCGCAAGCUGGGGAUCUAUCGGCGUUGCUGGCUGGUGUUCAAGAAAUCUUCCAGCAAAGGACCUCGUCGUCUGGAGAAAUACCCCGACGAGAAGGCUGCUUACAUCAGAGCAUGUCCUAAAGUGACAGAGAUCAGCAAUGUGAAGAACAUCACACGACUGCCACGUGACACCAAGCGACAGGCGGUGGCCAUUGUGUUCACAGACGACACCUCACGCACCUUCACCUGUGAAUCAGAGCUGGAGGCUGAGGAUUGGUUCAAGACGCUGUCGAUCGAAUGUUUGGGGAUGCGACUUAAUGACAUCAGCAUGGGCGAGCCAGACCUGCUGGCUGCUGGAGUGCAGUGUGAACACACAGAGCGCUUCAACGUCUUCCUCCUCCCCUGCCCCAACCUGGACAUCUACGGCGAGUGCAUGAUGCAGAUCACCCACGAGAACAUCUACCUGUGGGACAUCCACAACCCUCGCACCAAGCUGGUCACCUGGCCGCUCUGCUCGCUGCGGCGCUACGGACGCGACGCCACCCGCUUCACCUUCGAGGCCGGACGGAUGUGUGACAGCGGCGAGGGACUCUACACCUUCCAGACCAGAGAGGGGGAGCAGAUCUACCAGAGGGUCCACUCGUCCACGCUAGCCAUCGCUGAGCAGCACAAGAAGGUCCUGCUGGAGAUGGAGAAGAACAGCAGGCUGCUGUCGAAGGGCUCAGAGUCUGGCUCGUACCCCUGCACCCCCACCGCCAUCCUGCCCCGAUCCGCCUACUGGCACCACAUCACUGGAAACCAGACCGGCAUGGAUCCCGGCAGCGGUGACGCCGCGGAAGACGAGCUGCUGUCCACCCGCCUGCCUCCCGACCGCCACGCGACGCUGCCCCUGGCAAACACACACACGCAGUCUCAGCCACACAUACACACACACUCCCCGACACACUACCCCACCUUCCCCGGACAGUGACACACACACUCACACAGGUGCGUGUGGACUUUGAAGACACACACAGGACCCACAUGCAUGCAGACACACACACUGGACACUCCCUCCUUAUAUCUGACAGCCCAACAUCACACCUCACAGGAUGGAGGGACGCUAACAGCACGCCGUCCCGAGAGCGCACUUCCUGCGGCUGCAUCCUGCUGUGUGGCGUGAGGACUGAAAGCUCUCAGCUUCAAACCAGAGACAGAGUGAAGAUUGUACGGACGUUUUUAUACUGAAUUUCUACCGCAGCUUCCUUUUGAAAUCACAACAAUAAAGAGGAAAUGAGCGGCAGCCUGACACGCACACGUGGACCGACGCAGGCCUGUUGGCGUCCUGCUGCUCGCUCAGCUGCUUCCUCCUCCUCACACCAAACAUCAGUCUGCCGUCACCUGUGUGAAGAUGUGUUUUGAUCUUUAUUUGACCCGCCCACAGUCACACGCCAGCGUGGCUACUAGAAUAAGCAAGAAUUCAGUUAUUAACUGACAGAACUUAUUUACACCUCAGAAAAUUAAUUUGUAAUGGUUCGAUUUGCUUGUUAGGUCUGACGCCUUUAACCGUUUCCAGGUCCGAAUCCUCUUCAGUCCUAAAAUCAGGGAAACUGAGGAACAGCUGAGGGUGGAAAACAGUCCAAUAAAACAUCUGUGCAGCUGUUCGCUCAGCUGUGACAAUAAAGUUUAAUCAAAAGGAGGAUUUAUGAGGUGAGCAGGAAGAAAGCUCGCUCUCUGGCUGAAGGAUUUAAAAAAGACUACAAAAGCACAGUUCAUGUCAUAGACUGUAUAUAAAGGAUGGAUGUAGCUGCCCAGAUGUGACCCUGAUGGGAUAUGAUGUCACCGCAGUGAAACGUGGACCAGCAGCUGAGAGCUAAACGUCAGCGCUGAUGCCACUUUUUAGCUCUGUCCAUCUUUCUAUACAGUCUGCACAGCGAGUUUACGCGUCGGGCUCUCGGCAGCGCCGACCGAGCUCGGUCACUCAGACGUCUCGGGCUGGUUUGGAUCUCUCGAUGAUCCCGAGCUCACUCUGAAGUCAGACGCUGAGUUUUUAAACGUGUGCUGUGCGUAAAUAGAGCUGAUCAACAGCUGCACAGGACCUGGAAGAAGUUCUCUGAGGUCAUCUCUUAACAAGCAGAUCAUCUUUAGGCUUAAAGUAAAAGAAGUCAACGCCACGAAUGUCAUCAUAUAGAAACCUUAGGCUGCUUUAAAGCAUAUUCAGGCCCACGUGGUUGCAUUACUGUGGCUCCCUGCACAGCUUAGGUUGUUUUUUUAUAGUGACAAAACUAUGAAACGCCAACAUUUGGUCAAAUUUCCAGUUUUUAUGGAUGUGGGAGGAUUGAAGCGAUGUAUGAUCCUGCUGCACGGUGCCUUAACAGCACCACGAGGACUGUGAAGACACGCGUGUGAAGAACACGUUUAUCACAUGUGGAUGAAUGCCUUUGACUUCACUGGUAGACGUGACUCCGCAGCUCCAGGAUCUGCUCACCGAGCCCUGGCUGCGGCGUUUCUUAUCGAGUGAUUCCUGAGCUCUCCGGGAUGUGUCUUAUUGCACCUUGGUCUUUUUACACACCCCUGUUCUCAUCAUCCACGGGUUUUAGGGGCAUUUGCCUGUCAGUAACUGAUGUUCACUGUCCUUACAUUUCAUUGUUCACUUCUCACUUUUCCCUCUCACAGAUGAAAACUCUCAGCCUCUCUGCACAGGUAGAGUUCGUCAGUUUGAGCCUCACAUUUGUGUUUCUUCUGGUCCGUAGCCAUGUGUGAAGAACUGGUACCUCCAAAUCUGAGGCCACGGUUCUGAGCAGGAAACAGGUGGAGUCCCUCCGUACGGGUCAGGGAGGUGUAGCUCCGCCCAGUUCUUUAAGAGCUCUUGGGCUGUUGUUCACAGCAGAUCACAAUACGGAUCUGAAGUGAUAUGGAUGCCGUCGGUCUUACCCUCACCUUUGACCCUGAGCUGUGUUGUAGAUACUGUGAGGCUCCUCUGAAGGAGGAGCUCAGUCUUUCAGGAGGAGGUCAGAGUGUAGCGUCCUUCACACUGGAAGGAGGCAGUGUGAGGUGUUUGGGAGGAGGCCAGACUCAGGACACAGUUUGUGUCUCUGAGCUGGCCUCGUGCUUCCCCAGAAGAGCUGCACCAGUUUCAGCCUGAUGGACUGCUGCCUCCAGAUAAGCUGUGGAAAAUGGAUUUGUGGGUGUAAAAUAGGAAAAUGUGUUCAAACACUGACACGAGUAGAAGUGGAAAUAACACAGGUUAGGUUUCACUUCUGCCCUGAGGUCACACCAGAGGCUUCACUGGGUCCCUGAGGUAGUCUGCGAUAUGACAAUAGAGAAACCCUGAAGCUGCAGCAGUGCUGGCAUCAGCAGACAGAUAGCAGCACAGUUAAUCACACACGGCCCGUUUUUCUGCUUCCACUGAGUCCGAAUAGUCCAGGUGGUCAGGACGUUCUGUUGGAUAGCACAGCCAUCGUUUCUGUCAUCAGUAAUAUGAGCAACGACCAGCCGGGAGCACGGCUCAGACGCACCACAGGGCGCUCCAUUUGGAAACUAAAGUUCUUCAAACUUAUGUGGAGGAGCUCAGAGCGAUGCCUGAACGGGUCGAGGCUGGUUCUGGAUUGGUUAUUGAUCGUUAUCGAUGGCGUCAGAGGAGAAUGGCAGGUGCUGCCUUUGCCUUCUCUCACACUGAGCUGUACAGGUGAGGUGGAGGUGGGGAAAUACCAGGACAGCAGAUGCACGUCGAGGUUUUUCCACCGUGGGCUCCGAUCAGCUUUCAGCCGCUGCCUUUUGACUCCGCCCUCGUCUUUUUUCAGACUCGUUUUCCGCGUCGUACCAGGACUGUGACGAAGCUGGAUUCCUCCUCUGUCACCAUCAUUAGCUGUUCUUCCAUCACUGAAACAUGACAGGGCUAAGAAUUCCAUCUGUCCCCCACAUGAUGGAAGCUGUGUACAUAUCUGCUAUUUAUUUCAUGUGCGUGUGUGUGUGUGUGUGUGUGUGUGUGUGUGUGUGUGUGUGUGUGUGUGUGUGUGUGAUUACUGGAACGUGUUCAUAUAAAAUACACACUCUCUGUUGGACCUUGUGAUGUAGAAGAAGCUGCUCCACCUUGUCAGCGUGGAUCUUCAUGAACCAGAAGAAAGCGUUUUUGAUCCCAUCCUGCACCGCCCCCUCACGCCGCGUCCAUCCGUCCGUUCGCUCAUACACGUUCACGCCUGUGCCGCGCUGCAGUUCAUCUUUGUAGCAGGAGGAAUCGUGCAGAGGGGUGUUUCAUAAAGAAGGAGCAGGACAGGCCAGACUUAAAGCUUCAUGUUUGUCGAAGAAUAAAAGAAAACUUUGACCCUGAAAAGAUCUCUGCUUUGAGGGCCGCGUCUCAUGGUAGCACAGGAAUGUCGUGUCACAUUAUCGUGCUAAAUCCGGCGUAUUGGGCUGAUUCCAGCCUGUUUGUUUGGUUUCCUGCUGAGACUCGAGUCUUUAUGAAACCCCUUCUGGCCUCACACACCUAAGUGCUCGGUGGAAGCGCUGAGUGACGGCUUCCCUGCAGCAGUCGUAGUGUGUCUGUGAUUGUAGUGUCAUCUCCGGCCGUGACCGCCCCUCAGCUUUGUAACCGAUGACAAUAAAUGCCGUUUCCACCUGCUCACACUGUCCACACAAAGUGCAUGUUUUAGAGAAAAUAAAGUUCAUUGUUACUGAAG